GGCCUCCCUCACUCCUUCCCUCGUCUCUUCUGUCAGCCUUCUGCCCGUCGCCGCCGCUGCACCCGUCACCGCCGUCAUUCAGGCUAAGCAGCCUCGCACAGACCACCUUAUCCAACUCCCGAUUCGCUAAUCGCCACCGCCAAAUUCGCCAAUCUCCACCGGACCCACCGAGGGUCAAAAGAUGGAGGAUACCCAUGAGAUAGAGGCUGUGGAGGCUCAAGAGAACCUUGAUAAUGCACCUGUGAAGAAACAAGAAGCGCGUGAUGAAAUGCUUUCGAGGCACAGGAAAGAAAUCGCCCAACUACAGAACAAAGAGAUUGAGAUGAAAAAGGGUGCAGCUAAAGGCAGCAAAGCAGAACAGAAAGCAAAAAAGAAGCAAGUUGAGGAGGAAAUAGCGAAACUGUCUGCAAAUCUCAGAGAAAAACAUGCGCAGGAACUUUCAUCACUGGGCUAUAAUAGCAGUACUAAUGCCGAUGGAAAUGACAAGGGAAACCUUGACACUCUUGUAAAAGCAAUCGCUGGAGUAUCUGUUGCCAGUAAUGCUGAUAAUCACAAGCCUAGUAAAAGCGUCAAGAGACGUGAGAAAAGAGCUCAGCAAGAAGCUGCAAGGGAGCAGAGAAUAAAAGAGGAACAAAGCAACAUCACUAGUGAUAGAGUUGUUGAGGAUGAGUUAUUGGAAAAAAAGCUGGACCCACUUGGAAUGACCAUAAACGAGGUAAAACCCGAUGGCCACUGCCUUUAUCGAGCUGUUGAAGAUCAGCUAGGUCACUUGUCAGGAGGGUCUUCACCAUACAAUUUCCAGCAGCUUCGAGAAAUGGUGGCCAGUUAUAUGCGUGGUCAUACCUCUGAAUUUCUGCCCUUUUUCAUAUCAGAGCAUGAGGUUGAAGGAGAGUCAGAUGAUUCUUUGGGUCAAAGAUUUGAAAGCUAUUGCAAUGAGGUGGAAUCAACGGCAGCUUGGGGUGGGCAGUUGGAGCUUGGUGCUUUGACACAUUGUUUGAAGAAACACAUAAUUGUAUAUUCAGGUUCCUUUCCAGAUGUUGAAAUGGGUAAAGAAUACAAUGGUGCUGCUUCAUUGAAUUCUUGUAUCAAGCUAUCAUACCACAAGCACGCGUUUGGUCUUGGUGAGCACUACAAUUCUGUUGUUCCAAAUUCAUAAUAAAGCAUUCCUUACUGUAAUAUUUACUCUGCUUUGAUCUAUUAUUUGGACUCCAAGUGUUAAAUGUAGUUUUGUCGCAUUCUGUACCCCCACAUACGGAUACACAUUUGAGAUUGAUUUUCCUGGAUUUAUGUUAUCCUUCACAAAUUUUUAUACAAUAAUCGAUGCUUGUGGUUUUUCUCCCGUGAAA